CGACCGUGCCUGCAUCAGAACCAACUGCUCAGGAAGGCUCGAGCACUGGCAGAAAUCAAGAGAGAUUCUCGCAGAUCCCUGUAAUUAAUCACGUCCCAAGCCCAUCCUCAACCAGUGAACGCCCAAUUGUGCAUAGUCAGCACGUGGAAGCUUCUCCUUCGCCUGCGCAUGCUCACCAUACUGCCGAUUGCAACGUCCACUUUGCUUCUGCUUCCGGAAUGGCCCGUCGCUCUCCUGUUGGUGCCUCUCCUAAUAGUGCUCUGUCGCGCAACGAAUGUCCGCCUAGUGUUUUGACGCAGCUCCUGCCUAGUGCGCUUUCUCGUGUUGAUUCUACUGCUACCCUUCCUCUGCGUAGUGUCGCUUCUGCUUCCGCUUGUAUCACUGAAUCCCGUCCUGCUGCAAACCACACCAGUUUCGCACCAAUUGCUAGAGAUGAUGCGUCUGCACGGUCUAUUGCUGAUAACUCGAAUCUGAUCGCUGGCGUUGUACCAAUGGAGCCUGCAAAAGUGCACAAGGUUAGUUCGACUUCGACAACGAUUGGCGCCGCAACUUCACCGAUCGUACCUAUCCUUCUCUCUGCAUCUUCUUCAACCCGCAAGUCUGCAUUUGUGUCUCCAGCUCGCGGGCCUUCGGUCCCUACUCGUACCAUAUACAACCAGGAUGCUGACCCACUGCUGAGCAAGGACGGCAUUUAUGCCGCUGGAAAAGCGAACGCGACAGAUCUGCACCGCCGUCAUCUGCCGGACAAGACUGUUAAUAUGGUGAAGCAGGAAGAAGAGGAGCCUAUAUUGCUUUUGACCAGACAAGAAGAGGAGGAGUCGAGCGCUGGCGACGACAACAUACCGCUGUACACGGUGACUCUCCGUAAAAAGCAGCAUAUGAAGGCAGUGAAGACGCAGAAAGGCAAGAAGAAGGCGGCCACUAUCAAGGUGAAACAAGAAGCUCUCGACGAGGCGAUGAAGGCAAAAGUGCAGUCGGAGCAAGCUAUCAAGGUCGCAGGUCGUAAACCGAAACGGCCUGCGCAGGAUGCACAGCCGCAGGGUAGAUAUUCAUUUCAUGUCAAGCUUUGGCUUUCUAUUCUUCGUCAAAGACUUUUAUUGUUCGCUAGAUACGCUGUCCGGCCUAAUGGAAACAGUACUUGAUGCCGUCCGCGAAGGCGCGAAGGACAUUGCGAACACCGGAAAGAAGGAAGCGACGACGAGAGUGGAUGAGCGCAAAGCUGCAAAGUCAAGGGCCUCUGGAUUGGUGAAAGAAGGAGAACGAAAUAGAGAGAAGACUGCUGGUGCUGAGAAGCAGAUGGUGCCGACAACUGCGGGAAAAGGACCGCCGGCAUCAAAGGGCAAGGAAAAGAAAACCGCUAAAACAU